AUGAAGUUUGCUCACGAGAAAGCAACCAAGGACCGAGAAAAAGUGACCAUCUCCUUCUUCUUCAACGCACGAGGCGGAGAAUUAGAGCGUUCCACUCCAGGCAUGUAUCGCUCUCUUCUGUUCCAGCUCCUGACGGCGCUGCCAAGCCUUUGCGUGGUAUUUGAUGAGCUCGAGCACAAGGACACUCUCGAUGAACUUCACGCAGCUACUUCAAGCAAUGAAAACCCAGUAUGGAUGCUCGGGGUGCUCCAAGAUUUGCUGCGAAGUGCACUGGCUAAGCUUAAUCAAAAGCGUCUGACAAUCUUCGUUGAUGCUCUUGACGAGUGUGCUCCGAAUGAAGUGGAAGGACUGGUCGAGUUUUUUGAAUAUCUCGGAGAAGACGCUGUACAGAGCAACUCGAAGCUUAGUAUCUUGUUUUCUAGCCGUUACUAUCCACAACUCGACGUCACCUAUGGCCUCAAAAUUUACCUAGAGGAUGAAGACGGCCAUGAAAAGGACAUUGCCAUGUACGUACGAAUCAAGCUCAAAAUCGGCCAGACCAAAACUGCCAAGGAAGUCAAAGCACAGAUUCAGAAAAAAGCAAAAGGCAUCUUCAUGUGGGUCGUCUUGGUUGUUGGCAUCCUCAACUCUGAAUACCUUGGUGGCCGUAUAUUUGAGGUGAAAAAGAAGCUUGACGCUCUUCCAGCUAAACUGAGCGAGCUGUUCAAAGAAAUUCUGUUAAGAGAUCAGACAAAUUUCGAUGACUUGAAGCUUUGUAUACGGUGGAUUUUGUUUGCGAGACGUCCACUGCAACUCGAAGAGUAUUAUUUCGCGGUCGUAUCUGGGCUCCACCCAGACGCAUUGCAGGAGUGGGAUUCAAAGGAGGUUACUCUGGAUGACAUGAGACGAUUUGUCAUAUGUUCUUCGAAGGGACUUGCAGAGACAACAGAAUCCAGGCCCCAAACAGUCCAGUUCAUCCACGAGUCAGUGCGAGUUUUUUUUCUCGGGGAUGGUCUGCAGGAGUUGUGGCCUGAUCUUGCCGCGACAGACUUCGCGAGCGUUAGCCAUGACCAACUUCGCCAAUGCUGUGAUAUCUACUUGAAGCAAAGCUUGGAUAGCAUGAUUACACAAGAUCUAUUACGUCUGUCUAACGGGUAUUUACCAUUGGAUUACUGGGAAAAUGAGGCGAAGCGUGACACUCUAUCAGCCAAUUUUCCGUUUCUAGAGUACUCAACCUCCCAUACUCUCUACCACGCGAACGCUGCAGCCAGAGCGAUUCCACAGGAAUUGUUCUUGAAGAACUUCCCCGUCGAAGCUUGGGUUUCGCUCCAUAACCUCUUCACUCUUCCUCGACUCUCCCGCUAUAUGCCUGAAAGGGGUCUUCUUUCCAUUGUUGUGGAGAGUAAUUUCGCGCAACUGAUCAAGUGUAUGUUACGACUUGACCCGAGAAGCGAAAUCACCCUGCGCGACCGAGAAUGGGCGUAUCGUGCGGCUGUUGCUGCAGACUGGUGCCGAUGUGAAGGCAAUCUGCUGGGAUGA